GCGCGCCCUCUAGCGUCUACAGAAAGACAUCGCGGAGUGGGGGUUCUCUUCUCUACGCGUGUCUCCGCUGCCGUGUUACACACUAACGCCAUUUUGUGAGACGUCGCUGAUUAGCACCUGAGCACGAACGCUGGAGCUAGAGGACUAGUGGAGGCCUUCUUAAAACCUUGAACCAUGAGCGGGUGUCGCAUUUUCAUCGGCCGGUUGAACCCCUCCGCCAGGGAGAAGGAUGUUGAGCGCUUCUUCAAGGGCUACGGAAGGAUCCGAGACAUCGACCUGAAAAGAGGCUUUGGAUUUGUGGAGUUUGAUGAUCCAAGAGAUGCAGAGGAUGCGGUGUAUGAGCUAAAUGGAAAAGAGCUAUGCAAUGAGAGGGUUACCAUAGAACACGCCCGUGUCCGCUUGCGUGGAGGCAGGGGUCGGGGAGGUGGAGGACGCUUCCCGGAUCGUUAUGGCCGUGGAUCGCAGGAUAGCCGGAGGAAUCCCCCUCCUAUGCGCACUGAGAACCGCCUGAUUGUAGAAAACCUUUCAUCAAGAGUGAGCUGGCAGGACCUGAAGGAUUUCAUGAGGCAGGCGGGGGAGGUAACUUUUGCAGAUGCUCAUCGGCCAAAGCUCAAUGAAGGCGUGGUCGAGUUUGCCUCCCACAGUGAUCUGAAAAAUGCUCUUGAGAAACUGUCUGGGAAAGAAAUCAAUGGAAGGAAGAUCAAGCUCAUUGAAGCAGCCAGGAAAAAGUCCAGGAGUCGUUCCCGUUCCAACAGCUCAUCCCGUUCCCGUUCUCGCAGCCGUUCCGCUUCCCGCAGCCCCAAAACCCACAAACGCUCCCGCAGCCGCUCCUCAUCACCCUCUCCCUCCCCCGUCCAGAGAGCCAAAGAGACGAAGCGGGCGCGUACAGACUCUGGGUCACCUCCAGCUCAGCGGGCCACAGCCUCACGAUCUCCCUCUACUGACAGCCGCCGCUAAGACAACUAUGUCCAUCCAGUUGAAGCUUUACUCUUUGGUCAGUCGCUGUCAGUCACUCUCUCGUGUCUGUUUUGCGUCUGUGUCAAACUGGCAUUAUAGUUCCUCUGAGCGGUGGAACGGUUUUUAUCUUUACAGCCACAGAUAGCAGCUGUGACCUCCAGCCUGAAGCCUGCUGUUCCCUCACUCACUCUUCAGAGAUAGAUUCGUGUCAGAGCUCUGGUUUUACUACUUUUCACAGUAAACUUUGCUUUGCUUUCAUGUGCUUUUGAGUGAUGUCACAUUUUCACCAGAAUGAGAGCAGUGAUAUUUCUAGAAAUAUUGAUAGGUAAGUACUGUUUUUACUGUUAUAUUAAUUUGUGUUCUCUGGACAUUGUGUAAAAGUAAUGAAGACAACCUUAAGACUAUUGUGGAACCUUGCAUACUUCAUGUGUCGACUGUGGCUAUGUAAGUUUGUUUUUUGUUAAUAAACAGUUUUACUGUCCACUUCA